AUGCCUCUGCACUCAGAGCGCCCCAUCGUGCGCGUCGAGCACAGCUCAAUACGCACAAUCGAGACCCGCAACACUGAGAACCUAUUCGGCCUCUGGUCUGUCUUUGCACGAUGCUCACCCGCCAUGGAAGACGGCAAGCGCUACGAGAACAUGGCCUGGAGACUGUGGUCCCGCGAGACCUUCUGCUGCCAGCCCGACCACAUUGUGCCGCCCCAAUGGGCGUUUGAGCGGCCCAUGUCGUCGAGCGCCGCCGACGUGCCCGAGCUGUCCACAAGCGUGGCUUCCGACGACUCGCACCUGGAAAGCGCCAUCACCUCGACCUCGCGAUCCAACCUGUCCUCGUCUCGACCCGAUCUGCGUCGCCACGACUCGGCCACGAGCCAGGCCCGCGGCAGGCACAUGACGCCCAUUGGCCUCGAAAAAGUCGUCAACUCGAUCCAGGAGAAGAAGUUUAUUGAGCCGUUGUCGCCACUUCCACCCCAGCUCGCUGCACCCAUCGUCGCCUUGAAGCACACGGAAACCUCGACCCCCCGCCCCGCCUCUCCGCCACCCUCGGCCGCCCGCCGCGUUCCAGAGUCGUCGACGUCCACAGUCGCCACAAGCAUCGACGGCAGCAUCAUGAGCAGCGCCCCCGUCGGCUCCGACACGAGCGGCUCGACCGACAUGAGUCACCACAGCGUCGUCCGCGGCUUUGAACCGGGCCUCAUCUCCACCUCGGUACGGUCGAGCACCAAUCUCAACCCCACGCCCAUCCUCAAGAAGACGUCCAGCUUCGUGGCCAAGCCUCUCCCCUCGUCCAAGGCCGAGCCGAUGAAGAAGAAGCAGCCCAUGUUCACCUUGGGCGGAUCGUCCGAGGAAGAGAACAGCAGCUCCCUCGAGGCCUACUCACUCGCCCAGCGGAGCUCACUGUCCGAGCACAUGCGCAAGGCACCCCCGCCGGCUAUGCGCAAGACGACGUCGUUCAAGAACGAAGUCAGCACACGCACCUUCCAGGACAUUGCCUCGGAAAGCGAGGGUGCCAUUGAGAGCGAUAGCGAAGACGAGUACGACGAGAGCGCAAUCGAGGAGGACGACUCGGAAGACGACUGGGAAGACGAGGACAACGAGGAGAGCGGCCCAUCCAGCGUGACCGAACGUCCUCUGUUCUCCCGCGUCGACUCGAAGCCCGACCUCACCUCGCAUCGCUCCCUCCUGACCACGGCCCUGCACCAGGGCGAUCGCGCGACUGCGCUGCAGAAUGAGGCCUCGCGCUCUUCACCCGCCAUUCGCCGCUCUCGCAACUCGACGCCCAACGGACCCUCUACUGGCAACUCACCCCAGGAGGAGGCCGGGCUGAUGAUGCGUCAACAGGCCAGCCGGCCCAAGCCCAUCAUCAUGACCACGUCCAACGUCCACCCGCCAGCCAUGUCUCCCAAGACGACACGCCGCAACAUGCUCCAGUCCGAACUCACGGGCAGUCUCCGCCAGAAUCUUCUUUGGGAGAGGCAGCAAAAGAACGCGACGACCAAUGCAGUAGCCAAGCGCCAACAGAGCGCCGUCUCCCUUCCUGCCCUGCGCCGAGCCAUGACGACGGGCGAUGUCCAGGGACUCAACACCAACACGCAGCAAGCCCAGAUCCGAUCGACGACCUUUCGUGACAGCAAGAACGACAAGGACGUCGGCCUCUUCGAGACGGUGUGGGAUGACGGGCUCCAAGAGUACCAUCGAAGUGGAUGGUGA